GCGCUGCGCCGGGAGCGCCCAGGAGGCGACGGAGCGGGUCCGAGCCGGACUCCCGGUCCUGCUGCCCCGGCCAGGCGCGCCCACUACACCCGGGAAGACGGACCAGUAAGGGGAAGGCGUGCCGUGCGCACUGUGUUUGAGGAUUUGAUCCCCCACUGCGGUUGCCCAGUCCAGGCUCCCCAAGCCUUUCCUAAGGCCGAGGAGUCAGGGAAACUGAAGCCUGGGUGUGUGUGGCUUGCCCCAAGUCACAGUGCUCAUGAAGGGUUGAGGUUGCCCAGAACCCAGGCUGCUGCCCCCAGACCCCAUCCCAGGAGUGAGCAGACCUACUGGUUCACCCAAGGCUGCCCUGUCACCUGCAGGAAUCACUGAGAUUCUGAUGAAUAGACCGAGUGCCCGCAAUGCCCUGGGGAACGUUUUGGUCAGCGAGCUGCUGGAAGCUCUGGCCCAGCUGCGGGAGGACCAGCAAGUGCGUGUUCUGCUAUUCAGAAGUGGAGUGAAGGGCGUGUUCUGUGCAGGUGCAGACCUGAAGGAGCGGGAGCAGAUGAGUGAGGCCGAAGUGGAGAUCUUUGUCCAGCGGCUCCGAGGCCUGAUGAAUGAGAUUGCAGCCUUCCCUGCGCCCACUAUCGCAGCCAUGGACGGGUUUGCCUUGGGUGGAGGCCUGGAACUUGCCCUGGCCUGUGACCUCCGAGUGGCAGCAGCUUCCUCAGCUGUCAUGGGGCUGAUCGAGACCACCCGAGGGCUUCUCCCGGGAGCAGGAGGGACUCAGAGGCUGCCUCGAUGCCUGGGGGUGGCCCUGGCAAAGGAGCUCAUCUUCACAGGCCGAAGACUGAGUGGUGCACAGGCCCACGCCCUGGGGCUGGUGAACCACGCUGUUUCCCAGAAUGAGGAAGGCAACGCCGCCUACCAUCGGGCACGAGAACUGGCCCAGGAGAUCCUGCCCCAGGCACCCAUUGCUGUGCGUCUGGGCAAAGUAGCCAUUGAUAGAGGAAUGGAGGUGGACAUUGCAUCGGGGAUGGCCAUUGAAGGACUAUGCUAUGCCCAGAACAUCCCCACCCAGGACCGCCUCGAGGGCAUGGCAGCCUUCAGGGAGAAGCGGCCCCCUAGAUUUGUUGGCAAGUGACUCCCAUUUAACUAUAAUUAUGGGAGACGCCAGCCUUCUAGGGCAGGAUCCAGAAGGAAAAUUUGCAGGGUAACUGUUAAUCAUUUCACCUCUCUGGGCUUCAAUCUCCUCACAAGGACAAGGAUGACAGAAAACAACUGGAAUGGUGUUUGAUACCAAGGUACUGCCCAUGCCACCUACAACAACCUUCAUAAUUCCUCAUCCUGGCUAGAUAAUCACUGGGAUCAAGCUGGCUUUGGAGAGGAUCUGUCUCUCCCUACUCAAAUGGUAACUAAGGAUUACAACAGACUGCUCCAGGCCUUUGUAUUGUUGGCUCUCAGGCCUAAUCUCUGCCUCUCAGUUAUUGGGUGCUCACCAGAGAUGGCAAAAGGUUGUAAGAACCCUCCAGUUUCUUCCUCUAUACAAUAGAGAGAAGACAGAAACCCUGGUAGUGGCUGAACAGGCAUCAGGAAUCAGACUGUAGAUCCCAGCUCUCUGCCAUUCACUGUGUGCCUCAGCUUCCUCAUCUGCAAAAUGAAACUGCUGUAAGGAUUAAAAAAAAAAAAAAAAAAAAGCCAAUGCCUCA